AUGGUGUCGGACGCUGCCAAGUACGAGGCGCAGGACAAGGACCAGCGCGAGCGCAUCGAGGCGAAGAACGGUCUUGAGAACUACGCCUUCUCGAUGAAGAACACCAUCAACGACCCCAACGUCGCCGGCAAGCUGGACGAGGCCGACAAGAGCGCCAUCAACAGCGCCGUGGAGGAGACGCUGCAGUGGCUCAACAACAACCAGGAGGCCAGCAAGGAGGAGUACGAGCACCGCCAGAAGGAGCUGGAGGGCACCUGCACGCCCAUCAUGACGAAGAUGUACCAGGGCAUGGGCGGCGGUGCUGGCGGCAUGCCCGGCGGUAUGCCCGGUGGCAUGCCUGGCGGCAUGGGCGGCGACAUGGGCGGUGCUGGCCCGUCGGCGUCGUCGGGGCCGAAGGUGGAGGAGGUUGACUGA